UUCCAUUCCAUGCCUAACUAAUAUUCCAUUUUCUGUUCUACUUCUUCCGCAAAGCCACCACCGCCUCGAUCUGAUGGACCACAAUUAUUAUCCAGCCUCCCCUAUCAUCCACCACGGCUACAUCAUCGCCUCUCCAACGGGGAUUGUGUCGUCGUUGCACGAUUCGUUUGCUUGCUCGUCCUCGUUAUUUUCUGACCAUGUUUCUCGCCAAUCUAUGUCUGAUACAUGAUGAUAUCAUGUAUCUGUUACCCGUCGCUCAUCGGCUGUGGCCAUUGAGUGUUUUGGGCUCUCGCUUUGGCCAGACGAAUGACCGAUUGUCCAGGCUACCGCAGCCAGAUGGUUAUAAACAUCCCGAAACUUCUUCUUACGGUCGCUGGAAGAGGCUACUCGUGCAGCUAUGCUUGCCCCAUCAAGGCGUACAUAGAUCAGCAUGCUCGUUGUGUUGUAAACCCAUCACUCUGCCGUUGUCUCACCUCCAUCCCAAUCCCUAAUCUGUUAAGUGCUAAGCUCAGUGUCAUACCUCACCCUGGCAGAGACGAGACAGGGCACCACCCCAGGACUGUCUGUUUGAGGUACGUAUCCGCUGGAACCUCUUGGCAUGCAUUUCAGAUGUGCCACACAAAAUGGAAGAGCUGGGACGUGCGUUGCUGGAUUUAAAUCGGUAUCGUUUCGCUUGGCACCCUAGCACCCCCGAGAUGAACACCAUCAGUAUCGAUGCAUGCGCGACUUUGCUCGUCUGUCUGUUCGCUCAACGGUAGACAGCCUUCUACGCGGUUGUAUAUGACAGACUGAAUAAUGGCACUGAGAGUCGCUAUGGUGCCUGAAGUGGACUCGUUGAAACGUGGUUUCUGAUAGAUAUGGUGUUAAAGUCUCAGCCCGAAUUAUUCCAUGACGUUUAUUCAUCCGCCCUCUCUCUGAUCAGCGUUCACCAGCACCAGAUAAGCAGAGGCGGAAUAUCAAAGUCAAUGAAGGCGGACGUGACAUGGGAUAUGCACGCCCAUACGUUUAUUGCUAAUGUCUGUACUAAUAAGAGGGGAUAAAAUGGUAUGGUGAAUGAAUAAAGUGUAUUGAAGGAAACAACCCACAGCCAAAUCAUAGCACUGAUUACUCCUG